AUGUGGGGAGGAAAAGGCUCAGCAAAGAGACUGGAGCGUCAAAUGAAAUGGGGAACUAGUAAAAGGAAUAAGAGUCAGACCCAUUCUGGGUCUCCAGACGCUCUCUCUUCCUUUCCAGACGCACUUUUGCUCUCUCGUCUGAAUCCCAAGUUCGUCAUCUCGAAUUCUUCUUCUUCCUGUGAAUCCCAGUUCGUCUUUUCAUUUUUCUUGUUCUUCCCAGCUCCCGUUUCACUCGGCUCUCUUGCAGCCGCAACGCAACCCUACGGACAACUGGUUUUAAUCAGCUGGUGUGGUUUUCUUCUGUUGCUCCUGACUUUUAGGCUUUCUUCUGUUGCUCCUGGUGUGGCUCUUUCGAAUGGGAAGCCUACUGUUGUCGAGUUCUAUGCUGAUUGGUGUGAAUUAUGCAAGGAAUUAGCUCCAGAUGUCGGUAAAGUUGAGCAGCAGUACAAGGAUCGUGUAAAUUUUGUUAUGCUGAAUGUUGACAACACAAAGUGGGAACAAGAGCUUGAUGAGUUUGGUGUUGAGGGUAUUCCACACUUUGCAUUCCUAGAUAAAGCGGGAAAUGAAGAGGGCAACGUAGUAGGCAGGCUUCCAGAAAAGUACCUGCUUGAGAAUGUGGAUGCUCUUGCCCGUGGAGAAGCCUCCAUACCUCAUGCUCAUGUAGUGGGGCAGUUUUCAAGUGCUGAAGCCAGAAAGGUUCACCAAGUUCCUGAUCCAAGAAGUCACGGAUAGGUGCUCACUAAUUUUGGAGAAGAACCCCUCAUGUUUCUUGGAUAAAGUAACCGCAAUUGACAUUGGAAAACAACAACAAAAUAUUUUGUUAAAAGCAGCAUGCAUAUCUUUUGUUAAAAGCUGCAACAUAUAUAUAUUUUGGGUACUUGGUUGCUUCUUACUGAAAGCAAAGCAACAUCAUGCAUAUAUAUUGGCUAUCUGGAUAAACUGUUUCUUACUGAAACCAACUUGCAUUUGUAUAUUUUGUGAAAUUGGAUAUGUGUUUGUAUUAAUCUAUAUAACCUAACGACCGUGGUUGUGUUUUGAAUCUAUUUUUAUGUUAUUGGAAAA